CCCCCUCCCCCCGAGCGGCGGCCCGCCAAUGGCAGGCGCGGCGUGCGCCGGCGCGCAGCUUCCCGGGUCGGCGCUGGCCUCCCGGCCGAGGGACCGCUCGGCUCCCAGGACGGCCUUCGGGCGCCCCGGGUGGCUCGAGCACGCCUGCUGCAGGCCGCCCCACAGCCACGGGGACGCCACGCCCGGCCUUGCCCGCGACCUCGGCCCCCGGCGUGUCCGCAGGCCUCCGGCGCUCCGCUCUCUGGGGCCAGCGCCGGUGGCUCUCAGCGAGCUGCAGGAGCGUCGCCGCGGAGGCAGGGCCCAGUUCGCUUCCUCCGGCUCGAUGGGAUCCGAUCUCGAUUCCGCUUCGACUCGGCUUCGACCGCCGAUCUCCAGCGAUCUGGUGCAUCUCGAUCGCCGAUCCGACCCGUCGACCCGAUUUUGGGCUCUCCUGCGGAUGCUCCUGCCCAGCGUGGCCUGACAGGCCGGCUAGUGGGCGCGUCGUUCACUUCGUCCGAGCUGCCCCAGAUGGAGCGGGACAUCAGCAAGGAGUCUGGCGCCGCCGAGGUGUUCCUCGGUCCGCCCGACCCCUACGGCUUCGCGAGGACCUGCUUCGGGGCCAGACCGGGUCCGCGAGUCAGUUUCAGCCCGCCUUCGCGCAAGCGCUGAUGAGAGGAGGCGCCCUCGCGCAAGCGUUCGCUUCCACUUCCGCAUCCGCGCAUGCAGCCGCGGGCGGCCUGAGGGUGGUGAGCGACCUGACAGGGGCGACGUUCUCGCUAAGCUUUGCGAAGUGCAUGUCGACGCCAGGCGUGACGAUCAAAGCCACCAAGCUGACGAGCAUCCAGACCUUGUAACAUUUUCUCGAACAGCACAGUUCACUUUUCUGCUCCAGCCUUGCUGGGCCCCGUGUUUUUUGAACUGGUUUUAUCCCUCCCCAUCCCUCCUCCCAUUCCUCGCCCCCCCCGCCCCUUCCUUUCCCCCUGUCCCCCCCCCUCUUCCUGCGUACUCCACGAGCCUGUUGCGUGCGCGGCACGAUUCGAGAAUCCGCUCCAGCUUUGCUGGGCCCCAGUGUUUUGAACUGGUUUUUUCACUCUCCAUCCCUCCUCCCAUUCCUCGCCCAUGCGCGCGAAGGCGAGGGGAUCGGCCCGGAGCCGUAUGCUUCAGCAUCGGCACUUCUUUUUCAAGAUUCGAAUCUUUAAUUUCUCUCUGCGGUGUCGCAUUUGCGCAGCGACGAUUUUCAUGCACUCUUUUCUGCUCCGUUCGGGGCGCAUGCCCCCGCGCCGGUAGCCUGAGGCUUCAAACUUCAAGUUUUCCUCUGGUUACGGAGCUUGCGGGACUCAGAGUGUUUUGCUUCACUCGGGACUGCGCUGUCUUAUCAGACCAACGCUUCAAUAUCGUCAUCAUGUUUAUUCCCCUCUUGUUUUCUCUGGACACCCCGCGC